AUGAAGGCAGCAGCGGUGAGGACGCUUCGGACGAAGGCCAAGAAGACAGACUUCGUUUAUGGUUGCGGCUUCGGCAAAACGGGCAGCUUGUUUACGAGGGCACUGCGCGAGACCCCUAUGGAGGGCUUCAACAAACCACGGCAGAUCCUCUAUUUCAAUGGGCGAGAUAUCCGCCACAUCGCGGCAGGUUUCGGCUUCUCCGUGUUCGCGUCCAGGAGGAGGCUGUACGGCGGUGGAGUGGACAUCUUCAGCAACGACAUCGCGAACAGCGACUACUGGAGCAGAGGCAUUUGCUUGAACGCCGAUGCGAAAGGGAAGCAGCAGCAGCAGCUGGGAACGAUCAUUGGUUUGGCGGCCGGCCGACGACACUUUCUGGUGGCGUGCCGCGAUGCAGUCUAUGCCUUCGGCGACAACGCUCACGGCCAGUGCGGGCAAGAUCCCGAGAAAGUGCCCUUCGUACGGCUGGAGGGGAAGCCGUACAGGAAGGUGAGCGUGCCGUCGGAGUGCAGUGUUGCUGCGGUGCACUGCACGCUGGACACCUCGUUCAUCGUGCUCGACUCGGGCGAGCUGUUCUCGUUCGGACUGGGCACCGACGGCCAGCUCGGGCGCGGUGUGCGCCACUCCGAUUGGCACUGCCUGCCGGUGCAGGGCGAUUUGCAGGGCGUCAAGGUGACGCGGUUGAAGGGAAGCACCGAUACGCUGAUGGCUCUGUCCGCUGACGGUGAGCUGUUCAUGUGGGGACAGAAUGAGUACCAGCAGAUGCACCCAUUCGUGGAGCAAAUUCAGAGCGGCUUCCCUCGGGAAAUACGCCUUUGCGUGAAAAAAAUUGCUGCAGCCGAUUCGACAGCAACUUCUUGCAUGGCACUGAGCCGGAACGGCGAGGUGUAUGUUUGGGGUUAUGGCAUCAUCGGUCUGGGACCUGAAGUAACAUCGCUGAAACGCCCGGCGCUUCUCGAGAGCGUCUUAUUCAGCGCGGGACCCAAUGAUUGCGGGAAAGUGAGGUGCAUUUUUGCCGGUAAUACAUCGAUGUUUGCAAUCACCGAGAUGGACAAUCUGUAUGCCUGGGGCGUUAAUCGCUUUUCACAUUUGGGUCUCUCGCAUGACAAGGAUCAGUAUUUCCCGUUUCAAGUUGAUGUCCUCAAGAAACCCAUGGAUGUUUCAGUUGCACCCGAUCAUACUCUGUUUUUGAUGAGGUGA